AUGUCCAGGAACGACUCCGCAGCUGACGAUGCAAGCCCCUCAGUCGUCAAACCCGCAGAUGCUAGCCAAGCACACGAACAGGUCGUCACUCCGUGGGACGUCCAGGGAUCCGUGUCGUCGGACGGAAGACAGCUUGCGAUUGACUAUGACAAGUUGAUCGCUCAGUUUGGAACGCGACGUAUAGACCCAGAGCUUCUCUCUCGGUUCGAGAAACUAACGGGUCACAAACCACACCCCCUGCUCCGACGAGGAAUGUUCUUCUCACAUCGAGAGUUCGACAAGAUCUUGGAUAGAUAUGAGCAAGGAAAACCAUUCUUCCUGUACACCGGGCGAGGACCGAGCAGUGACAGCAUGCACAUCGGGCAUAUGAUUCCUUUCGUUUUCACAAAAUGGCUGCAGGAUGUCCUCAACGUCCCCCUCGUCAUCCAACUCACAGACGAUGAGAAGUUCCUCUUCAAGCAUGAAUUGAAGGCGGAACAAACGCGCGAGUUUUCGUACAGCAACGCGAGGGACAUUAUCGCCGUCGGUUUUGAUCUCAAGAAAACGUUUAUAUUCAGUGACUUCGACUAUGUUGGCGGCGCCUUCUACCGCAACGUCGUCAAAAUAUCGCGGCAGAUAUCCUUUAACCAGGCCAAGGCCACUUUCGGCUUCAAUGACUCGGACAACAUUGGAAAGAUUCACUUUUGUUCCGUUCAAGCAGCUCCGUCAUUUUCCAACUCAUUCCCCAACAUUUUUGGCGACACUUCGAACAUUCCCUGUCUUAUUCCUUGUGCGAUAGACCAAGACCCAUACUUCCGUCUGACCCGUGACGUUGCUGUAAAACUCAAGUAUCCCAAGCCAGCACUCAUACACUCUCGAUUUUUCCCCGCGCUACAAGGGCCGCAGACAAAGAUGAGCGCAUCGGACGCUACCUCAAGUAUCUUCAUGAAUGAUACCCCUAAUCAGAUCAAGAAUAAAAUUAACAGGCAUGGUUUCUCUGGAGGCCGGGAGACAGAAGAGGAGCAUAGAAAAUAUGGUGGGGACACAGAAGUGGACGUUGCUUACCAAUACCUAAGCUUCUUCUUGGACGACGAUGAAGAGCUUGCAAGAAUCGGAGAGGAUUACCGCACCGGACGUCUCCUUACUGGACAGCUGAAGGCUAGGUGCAUCCAGGUGUUGCAAGAUUUCGUCAAGGAUUUCCAAGCGAGAAAAGCAAAGGUAACCGAUGCGGAUGUGCAUGCGUUCAUGGACCUUACUCGCAAGAUCGAGCCGACGUUUGGCAAGUAG